AUGGACGAACUCUUGGCAUACAAAAGUCUAGCUCCCCAUGUGUGGAUAUUAAGAGCAUCAGGAAUUUUCAGACUAAAUCAAGAGUCGCCCAAGCAUCAUAUAUUUUUUCACACGAUCUAUUUGCGAUGGCUCAUUGGGUUCUUCUCAGUGUACACCAUUCAGCAAAUUCUGAAAAUUUACUAUAGUCGCGAUGAUGUGAACAAAGUGAUGGAGACCAUGUUUUUAUUUCUCACCAACACGGACUGCAUUUACAAGGCUGUUGUUUUUCAAAGUAAGCCCGAGCGGAUCGAGGAACUUCUGAACACUUUGAAAGGGCCAAUUUUCAACAAAGGACUGCCAGAGCACCGGCCUCUUCUAGUGGAUACGAUCCGCCAUGCUAUGCUCUAUUUCCGAAUAUUCAACCACAUGUCGCUCUUCACUUGUUUUCUUUGGGUAGUCCAUCCUACUUUGAUGCACAUUCAGGGAAAACCUAUACAGAGCACGGUGUGGCUACCGUUCGAUGCCAAUCAAGAUCCACAAUAUUACAUUGCCAUCGUCUACGUUUGGAUCCAGACAUCCUGGCUGGCGCACGCUAAUACAGCGAUGGAUGUCUUCAUCACUUUCCUUCUAGAACAAUGUAGGACGCAAGUUUCUAUUCUCAGAAUCGAUUUGGAAAACGUGGUACAAAAAAGCAAAGAAGAAAUGGCCGACACCUCAUCCUCUUACUCCGAAAUUCUAGAGAAGCGUUUCCGCAAAAUGAUAAUACAUCACAAAGAAAUCGUGAACUCGGCUGACAAAAUUCAAGAUAUAUUUGGAGGGGCUGUGUUUUAUCAAUUCAUCAUAGGCGGGUGGAUUUUGUGCUGCUCAGCUUAUAGGAUGGUCAGCACUAAUCCAGCGUCAGUGGAGUUUGUGUCCAUGGUUAUGUACAUUAUCUGUAUUCUCAUGCAGAUAUUCCUGUAUUGCUUUUUUGGAAACGAGUUAUUUUAUGAGAGCAUCAAACUCACGGAAUCAGCUUACGAUGUAGACUGGCUAGAGAUUCCCAUGAAGCUUCGACUACACCUGCUUAUCUUCAUGGAGAGGAUCAAGCGGCCUAUAUGCCCUACCGCAGGUUCUAUUAUACCUCUCUCCAACAGUACCUUUGUUUCGAUUGUUCGCAGUUCCUACUCUUUCUAUGCGUUUUUGAAAAACUCCGAUCAUUAAUUUGUUAGGCUAUAAGCUUUUCAUGUAGUAUU